AUGUCCAUUUUGAAUUUCACAUUGAGCGAGGAUGGCGUCGUUGCUCUUCAGAACGCCUUGACCUGUCUCUUGAGGUUCUGUGACGACGUCUCACUCGAUGCAACCAAGGAUAAGUUUAUCCUGACGGGGCUGAACGCGACAAAGUCGGCCCACAUAUCCUUCAUCUUCAACCUGAACCGCUUCUUUUCGCGAUAUUCAUUCGAGGGCAGCGCUCAGUACAGGGACCGCUUCUACUGCAUCCUUUUACCAUUUGAGGCCAAGGCUCCUACGAGGGUCAAGUUUGACCCUGCUGAAGCUGUCAACCACUGGACCAUCGCGUCACGCACAUUACGUCAACUAAUGGACCACUUUGGUCCCGGUAUCGACUUGCUUGACAUCCAUACAGAGGGUGAAGGAGUUGUCAACUUUGCAUGCUACACUGAAAAGGACUUCAAACUUUCAAACGAUGCUACUAUUCUGAAAAAGCCGUUGCACACAUCUAUCGCGGUCGAGAUGGAUGAGUUUGACGAUAUCGAGGUUGAGGACAAGCUACACACUAUCAUCCCAGUAAAGGACUUUCGGGCUAUUCUACAACACGCCACGACCACAGCGGGAGAUCUUUCCGCUAGAUAUUCUAACCCAGGCCGUCCCAUGAAGCUCUAUUAUAGCACCGAUGGCAUCCUCUGCGAAUUUAUUCUCAUGACGGUUGGAGAGAGAAGUCCCGCCGGCCCCAAGACUCGCAAGGGCCGAGUCACGAAAACACCCAAGCCUGCUCUCGACGCGACAUCUAGCAGGGCCGCAUCAAACUCGAGAGCACCUACACAGCAAGGUCAAGAACCCUCGCAAGCUCGGGAGCCCAGUGUCAUUAUGCCUCCACCCCCAGCUCGACCAUCACAAUUUGAGAUGCGACCGCCACCGGUACCGCCUCCCAUGUCAACAAUGCGAUCCGAGUCUAUGUUUGUCGCCCAAGACGAUGAUCCAAUGUGGGAGCCUGUCAAUGGGGAGGACGAAAACGAGGAAGAAAAUGGUGCCCUGGGUUGGGACGCUAGCAACGCCCCUAACCCGCCUACUCUACGGAUUAGCGACCGGCCUAAUCUCAGUGCUCCAUCCGAGCCUCGCAGAGAGGACUCGUAUGACACUGGUCUUCCCUCUGAGAUUGAGCCAACCCAGCUGCUCUCGGACGUACGGCGGUUUGGUCUCUUCUCAUGAGGAUAUGAUCUAACUCCUGGUUCAUAUCCAUGGAAGUCUUGUCAUGGUUAGAGAAGAGGAGGCCUUGAAGAUACUGAGCCGCUGUUGUUAUCCGAACAUGACAUAUUCUGUCAUGCGAAUGUUUGGGGGAUGCUUUCAGAAACCCGAUUUAGCUAGCAGGCUUUCCAAUCAUAAUCCAACUGGUGGCACAUCCAGCACCAAUAGCUGUAAUAGAGGAACCCGGGGGAAUAUGUUUGGCAGAGGCGAUGACAGUCCACCCAGUUUUGCCCUGUGAGUUGUCACCUUGAACUUGAGGACCACAGUUUCCAUGCUCGCCCCAACCCCAGGCAGCAACAGUCUCAAGUGCCUCGUCUAUGGCGACGACAUGUUCACUGCCAACCGCAAUCUGCGACAUUUUGGGUAGUCCUGACGGCGCCAGUUGUCCAUGGUCAUUCCUGCCCCAGCUGAGGACGCUUCUGUCGGCCUGCAAGAUGUAGAUGUUACCCCAGCUAGCUUGCACGUCUCGCCAGCCCGGGACUGAAGUUGGUGCAGAAGAUCGCACGCUCCAUUUGUCCAGGCCUAUCACGGCAAUAUCUCCACUGCCAGGCUCCCCAACGAGGCAGGAGAAUUCCUUCCCGCAAGCAGCCUUGACAACCUUGAAAGGAACGCCCUCGAUCUUGCGGGGCUCGGUGACGAUGCCCUCGGGCGCGCCCAGCUGCCCCU